UCUCGCUCCUCUCGCGUGUGUUUCUGCUUCUGUCAGGAUCUCUCCUCUGUUCCGUGUUUAUUCUCUGUGGAUGUUCUGUGGAGAUGUUUGUGUGGGGACGCACAUCGUUUCGGCAGCUGCAGGCGUGUUUUUUCCGACUGCUGUGUUUUAUUCCCACAGGAUUCCCGGUGAUCAGCGUGGACAGUCAGAGAUCCACCGACAACAUCACCAUCAGACAGGGCGACACGGCCGUUAUCCGGUGUUAUGUGGAUGAUAAGGUGUCUAAGGUGGCGUGGUUGAACCGCUCCAACAUCAUCUUCGCUGGAGAGGACAAGUGGUCUCUGGACCCGCGGGUGGAGCUGGUGACUCAGGGUCAGCUGGAGUACAGUCUGAGGAUACAGAAGGUGGAUGUGUUCGACGAGGGUCCCUACACCUGCUCCAUCCAAACCAAACAACAGCCCAAGACCUCACAGGUGUAUCUCAUCGUCCAGGUUCCUGCAGUUAUUUAUAAAGUGUCUGAGGACCUCACAGUGAACGAGGGCAGUAAUGUCACGCUGACGUGUUUGGCCAAUGGGAGGCCAGAUCCUUCCAUCACCUGGAGACUGCUCAACCCAUCAGCUGAAGCUCUGGAUGUUGGUGAAUAUCUGGAGAUCUCUGGGAUUGUUCGCUCUCAGUCUGGACGUUAUGAAUGUAAAGCCAGUAAUGACGUCUCCACACCUGAUGUCAAAUAUGUCAAUGUGAUCGUCAACUAUCCGCCAUAUAUAAAGGAAGUUCACAGCUCAGAGACGGCGCUCGGACACGCAGGUAUCCUGCACUGUGAGGCGUCCGCCGUUCCACAGCCCGAGUUUGAGUGGUACAGAGAUGACCGCAGAUUGUCGAGUUCUCAAGGUGUCAGUAUUCAGAUCACUGGAUCUCGUACGCUGCUGGUGGUCGCAAACGUCACAGAAGACGAUUAUGGAAAUUACACGUGUGUCGCCACCAACAGACUGGGAAUACACAACGCCAGCGUCUUCCUUUAUAAACCUGGUACUGGGCGGGACAUCAGCGGUUCUUGCAGCAUGUGUCAAUCACCCUGGCUCCUCCUCCUGUGUGUGUUCUGUGCUCUUGUGAAGUGUUAAUGAUCAGCUCAUCGAUCGAUUAUCUCAGACUGUUUCAAUCCAUUCAUCCGCCCGUGCUCACACUACGCCCAGAACAACCGCUCAAUUAUUAUCAGGAAAAAUAUGACAUGGAGGAAAUGAAGAAUGGUACACUUUUGAAGAACUCAAUAUUGCCAUUUUAACUGUGACACCUGUCUGUCUGUCUGUCUGUCUGUCUGUCUCAGCAUCUGACAGUUUGAGUUCAUGUGUGUUUUCUGACAGGAAUCUGGUGUGAAAUUCCGACCACACAGUUUCUGUGUCAAACACACCUGUCUUCAUCUAGAAAUGUCAUUAAUGUCAUUUAUUUCAUUGCAUUUAUGUAAAAUAAUGAAAGAAGAGUAUUGCGGUAGAAUCAUUUCAGAUCAUUUAAAUUCAGUUAAUCAUGUGUCAGCAUUGCCAAAAGGACAUAAAAUUGAUAUUAAAAAUACACUUUUGUAUGAUUAUAGUAAGAUUUUCUGGAACCAAAUCUUUGGAUCAUUAGUUCUGUAUGUUGUUAACCAGAUUACCAGUUUUAGUGUCACGCUUCUGAUCUGAAAGCAUUUUGAGUUCAUAUUCUCAGAACAAUCACGUGAAAUUGUGUUAACUGUAUUUUUAUACUUUAUAAAAUGCUGACGUCAUUGUCCAAGUCUUAAAUUCCUUGAAUUAAAUUAACUCCAUCAGAAUAUCCUUUAAACUCCUCCCAUCUCAUUAACCCCUCCCACAUACUUAACCCCGCCCAAGUCUUAAAAUCCUUGAAUUAAAUUAACUCCAUCAGAAUAUCCUUUAAACUCCUCCCAUCUCAUUAACCCCUCCCACAUACUUAACCCCGCCCAUGUCUUAAAGUCCUUGAAUUAAAUUAACUCCUCCCUCAGAAUAUCCUUUAAACUCCUCCCAUCUUAUAACCCCCUCCCACAUACUUAACCCCGCCCAUAUAUUACAUUCCUUGAAUUAAAUUAACUCCAUCAGAAUAUCCUUUAAACUCCUCCCAUCUUAUAAACCCCUCCCACAUAACCCCCCACCCAUAUCUUAAAUUCCUUGAAUUAAAUGAACUCCUCCCUCAGAAUAUCCUUUAAACUCCUCCCAUCUCAUUAACCCCUCCCACAUACUUAACCCCGCCCAUGUCUUAAAGUCCUUGAAUUAAAUUAACUCCUCCCUCAGAAUAUCCAUUAAACUCCUCCCAUCUUAUAAACCCCUCCCACAUACUUAACCCCGCCCAUAUAUUACAUUCCUUGAAUUAAAUUAUCUCCUCCCUCAGAAUAUCCUUUAAACUCCUCCCAUUUUAUAAACCCCUCCCACAUAACCCCCCACCCAUAUCUUAAAUUCCUUGAAUUAAAUGAACUCCUCCCUCAGAAUAUCCUUUAAACUCCUCCCAUCUCAUUAACCCCUCCCACAUACUUAACCCCGCCCAUGUCUUAAAGUCCUUGAAUUAAAUUAACUCCUCCCUCAGAAUAUCCAUUAAACUCCUCCCAUCUUAUAAACCCCUCCCACAUACUUAACCCCGCCCAUAUAUUACAUUCCUUGAAUUAAAUUAUCUCCUCCCUCAGAAUAUCCUUUAAACUCCUCCCAUUUUAUAAACCCCUCCCACAUAACCCCCCACCCAUAUCUUAAAUUCCUUGAAUUAAAUGAACUCCUCCCUCAGAAUAUCCUUUAAACUCCUCCCAUCUCAUUAACCCCUCCCACAUACUUAACCCCGCCCAUGUCUUAAAGUCCUUGAAUUAAAUGAA